AGGAGACGCAUUUCCUGAUCGGUAUCAAGGUCAUAGUAUGGGGAAAGAAGCGGUGAAGAUGAAGGCAGUGGUGUAUGCUCUGUCGCCGUUCCAGCAGAAAAUCAUGUCUGGCCUAUGGAAGGACAUUCCAGGGAAGAUUGAGCAGAAGGUGUCCGAGAAUUGGCUCAACGCCGUUCUCUUCCUUACUCCUCUCAUCACCACCUAUGCGUAUGCCCAGCAUUACAAGGAGAAGGAGAAACUGGCUUAUCGUUACUGAUUGAGUGCUGAGUUGCUGAGCUGAGAACUCAGCACUCUUCUUGUUCGGAUUUUCCAGAUAUCGGGCAAGAUGAAAAUGGUGAGUUGAGACUGUCCUUGACUCGCUUCACAAAUUUUUAACAUUGGAAGGAUUGUACAAAUAUUCGAUUUGGGGGAGGCAUCUUUCUCUUUCUCCUCUUUUUCUUUUUCCUUUCCUUGAGGUGGACUCAAGGAGCUGAAUCUACAAUGGCGGAAAACUCUUACGAAGAGGCUCGCAGGCAACGCCUUGAGGAAAACAAAAGGAGAUUUGAGGU